AUGCCCGCCGGAAAAGCUGAUUUGCGCCAUGGCAACGACGCUCCCAUUGGGGGUAUCCAAUCGAGCGAUGACGAGGGCGAAGGAGAAGAGAAAAUAUUAGCCACUGACACAGUUGGGCUCAAUCCCGUGCUCUCUGCUCCCUUCAGGCGAGGAAUGGAUCCUCCAGAGACUUUGGAUGUGCCAGUGGCCACUGAUACUGUUAGGCCCAAGCCUGUGCUUUCUGUUCCCAUGAGGCGAGGAAUGGAUCCUCCAGAGACUGUGGAUGUGCCGGAGCCCGCAGUGUCAAUGGAGUUUGAUGCCGGGCCGAGCCUCACCAGACGCAUGGAGGACAAUGCAAUGUCCGGGCAUGAGGCUUUGCAGUCACCGAGUGACGAUGGCGGAAACGAAAGUUCCGUCUUGCAGAUUCCCCCUAGCCCUCAAGCAGAUUUCGUCAGUAGCGAUGAUAGGCCCCUCUUGGAUGUUCCGUUGCGGGGUGACUCCAUGACUCGGAUCAAAGGAGGAAAUUUGGCAAUCAAGGGGACAACCCCAUGA